GAAAAGCCCAGGCCCAGCAGUCCAUCGACGCUGUCUUCUUUCUCGUGGUGUUAGGGUAUGCAAUAUGCAGAGUUCCAUAUUCCACCUCUCAUUUUCUUCACAAUCACUCACCGCUCACCAAUACACUUCUUCAGGGCUAAAUUAUGGCGCGAUUCGGUGGCUUGUAGAUUUUGGGAGUUGCUUUCACUUAAUACUAGUUGAAGGGGGCUGAAUAGUGAAUACAAGACAGAUGGUUUAUAUGGCAGCAUCUGUAAGGGGGAUUCAUAAACUCUUAUCCUCCUCCCGGAUUGAAAAACUAGUUUCUCUUUCACGUUCCAAACAACAUCUGCCACCGUGGGUUGAGAUUGUGCGCCAUUUUAGCUUUACCGAUGAUUUCAGUGGCAGAAGCAAACAUUCUACUGGGGAACGUGAUGAUUUUCUUCGUCAACAGUCGGACUCAAGUUUUGAAGACAAUGGUGGCAAGCGAAUCCAUGAGGCAUAUAAUGUUGAACAGGGAUUGUCAGAUUCAAUUCCAAGUAGGCCUUUGAGAGGUAGGAAGCCAAUUAAUCAGCCUCCUCCACGUUUCCGAGAAUCUGGUAGAGGUUCCUUUCCUCCAAGAUUUGAUGACAGCCAUGGUGCGCCUGGUGCUUUGGACAACUCAAAUAAAUCUUCCAAAAUUGAUCUUGCAUUUCAGGGCAUGAAUGUGGCAGAAACAAAUAAGGAUUUGGGGCAAUCAGGAGACAAUUUCCUUGACAAAUUCAAGCUUGCUUUUGAUGAUAAAGCAGUUAAUCAGUCAGAGGCUGCUGCAAGCAAGCAAUCUGAAGAAGCAAAGUGGUCAGAUUCCAAUCCAAAUGCUCAAGAGCCUGUGCCACAAGAUGCUGAUGAGAUAUUCAAGAAGAUGAAGGAGACUGGCCUUAUCCCUAAUGCUGUGGCUAUGCUCGAUGGUCUAUGUAAAGAUGGUCUGGUUCAAGAAGCCUUGAAACUUUUUGGUUUGAUGCGGGAGAAGGGAACUAUUCCAGAGAUUGUCAUAUACACAGCAGUAGUGGAGGGAUACACAAAGGCCGACAGGGCUGAUGAUGCGAAAAGGAUUUUCAGGAAGAUGCAGAGUAGUGGCAUUUCUCCCAAUGCUUUCAGUUACACAGUCCUUAUACAAGGACUCUACAAGUGUAGAAGAUUACAGGAUGCUUUUGAAUUUUGUGUGGAGAUGUUAGAAGCGGGCCACUUACCAAAUGUGACAACUUUUGUAGGCCUGGUGGAUGGUUUCUGCAAGGAAAAAGGGAUUGAAGAAGCUAAGGAUGCUAUCAAAACAUUAACUGAAAAGGGCUUUGCUUUUGAUGAGAAAGCUGUUAGGCAGUUUUUGGACAAGAAAACACCAUUUUCACCCUCUGUUUGGGAGGCGAUUUUUGGGAAGAAAGCCCCGCAGAGACCAUUUUAAAUAUUUUUCAUACCAUGAAACAAGAAGUAGAAGCUGUGAUCUAAGGAGACAGACUUGACCGAUUUGUGAUGAAUCCAGAAACGCAAUAGUGUUUCCUAUCUGAUGCUGAUGGCAAUUGUGGCGAAAUCAAACAUUCAAUGGAAACACUAGGGAUCAGCUCCUGUUCUUAUGGCUCCUUGCUUCACUUUUAGAGUAUCUCACUUGUGUAGUUUGUUGCACACUUUUGGUAGCUUUGGGGUAAGAUACACACUGAUACAUCAUUCUUUAGAAUUCCAAAAUUUUGUGCUAAGGUUCAUCAGUUUUUAUCUGAACUGUAAAGCGCAUAGAAAGGCUCUUACUCUGUUUCUGAAUGCUUGUUGUGGAUCAAGGCUCUGUUUGAUUCCUUGAUCUUCGUGGGCUUUCCUGUACUACCUCAUGAACAUACCGGUGUGAUCUUGGAUGGAUUAUUGAGGUAGUGUGAUGUUUGUUAUGGCUUUCAUCAACAGUAUAAUGGACCCGUUUACUG